AUGAGCAAAAGUGUAAAAAACUAAACUAUUCUAUAAUGAAAUUUGAAUAUUUCAAAAGAGAACAUAGAAAUAUUGGGAUUUGCAUUCAUUGAAAAAUUAUGGAGAAAGAAUGAAGGUAAAAGUCCGAAUAAAGACAGGAGAUAAUCGAUAAUUAAUGAAACUUUUUCAGAGGAAGCUUAUCUUUAUGAGAUAAGAGUGUAUAAGAAUAUUAUCAAAAAAGCCCCGAGCCCCAAGCAGACACAUCACAAAUGUAAAGUUUAAGCUUAUUCAUAUAAAAUAUAAGUUCUAAUUGGUAAACUAUUUGUAAUUUACCAAUUUAUUUGAAUUUGCUGAAAUAAGAUAAUUAAUUUCAUUAAAACAAGAUUAAUUAAGGAAACACUAAUGUUCAUGAAAUUUAUGAUAAAGAAAAAUUUUAUUUUUACAAAUACAAUUAAUUGGAAGGUAAAAUAUUGAAAAAGUAGGCUUCAAAUUUGAAUUUGUUGAAUUAAAUUUUAGUUGAUAAAAAUGAAUUUAAUUCUCAUGCUCCACAUUUUCAUUCUUGA